ACACAGCACCCGCACCAGCAUCGAGCGGCUGCCGGCAACGGAGCGACCGCUGUUCAGCACCAAGGACAGAGACGGGACGGGACGGGCGCUGCCUUCCGCAAUGUUGCUGCGGAUCCUCGCCCUGACUUGCCGGCUGCUGCCGCUGGCUCUCGGCAACUUCCAGCUCGACAGCGGCCUCGAAGAUGCGGAUGGCCUGUUCCCUGUGACGGGGGAUGAGGUGGUGCAGGAGGGGGGCAUGGUGACCCUGCGCUGCACCGUGCAGGAGAACGACAACUCCUCACUCCAGUGGUCCAACCCCGCCCAGCAGACCCUCUUCUUCGACGAUAAGAAAGCGCUGCGGGACAAUCGCAUCGCCUUGGUCUACUACUCCCGACACGAGCUGGCCAUCAGCAUCAGCAACAUGACCCUACGAGACGAGGGGAACUACACCUGCUCCAUCUUCACCAUGCCCGUCCGCACCGCAGUGGCCAAGGUGGUUGUUCUCGCUGCUCCCAAGAAGCCGGAGAUUUCGGGCUACAUUGGGCCGAUCGCGGCGGGCCGGACCAUCACGCUGAUGUGUAACACGUCGGGCAGUAAACCGCUGCCCACCAUCCGCUGGUCCAAGGGCAGCGAGGAGAUGGAAGGCCAAACAUACGAGUCAGAUAACGCUGACCAACGGGUCUACGCUCUCAGCAAUGUGUUGAAUCUGACGGUGUCGUGGGAGGACAACGGUGCUGUCAUAGAGUGUGCCGUCAACCACCGUGCCCUGCGGCACAAUGUCUACACCGCCCGGCAGAGAAUCGAAGUCCACUAUUCUCCCAAUGUGAAGAUCCUGGCAUCCAAGGAAGUUCCCGAGGAGGGCGAGGAGUUCAUGUUGCGCUGUCUUGGAAGAGGCAAUCCCGAGCCCAGCUACUUCAACUGGCUGCGGUUUAACGGGGAGUUGUCGGAGCGAGCGGUGGUGAGGCACGAGAACCUGUCCUUCGCUUACCUGAACAAGACCGAUGCUGGAGUCUAUCAGUGUGUGGCCAAGAACAUCAUUGGAACUGGUGCCAAGAACUACUCUCUGAGAGUGCACGGAGACCCCCUGGAUUUGGCCCCCGCCUCUCCCCCCGCUCCUGUCAACGUCUCCCUGACCCCAUCCAGGCACGACUCCACCACAAGCUCGGACACAGACCCUCUGUCACAGCUGACCCAGUCCAGCAUCGAUCACGCCGUCAUCGGUGGCAUCGUGGCCGUAAUCGUCUUCAUCGCUCUCUGUCUCUUCAUCGUCCUCGUCCGCUACCUGAUACGGCACAAGGGUAAAUACUGCUCCCACCUGACGAGUAUACUGGUGAUCGCUGGUUAG